ACUGCAAAUGUUAAUUUUAGAUACUGUAGAUAUCAAUUUUCGAUGUGACAACAGAUAGUUGAAGCGUCGGCCGUCCGGGUGCUAAAUCUCCCUUACAAUAUUAGACAAACCUUUCGUUUGCUCUCGAGACGAUUGCCCCACCUGUCAGACUAGCCCUGCUCGCCAUCUUAGCGCCUAUAUUAACGCGCCGCGCGCCCCCUUCCCCCACCCAAAAACCAAAGCCGUCCUCUCCUCCACCCGGAGCUACACGAUCACAGACACCCGCUGAAGAGGCGACGCGUGCGCGAGAUCACGCGAGAGCGAGCCGGGACGGUUCUAGCGGCGGCGGCGGCCACCGGCUGUGCGCGGCGGUUGGCGAGAUGACAGACGUCCACCACUUCAACAAUAUCUCCCUCGGCGGCCGCGGCAUCGGCUACCCUGGACAGUUUAAACUUUAUUCAGGAGGGCUUGCAUGGAAGAAGCAUGGUGGUGGAAAGAUCAUUGAGGUUGAUAAAGCUGAUAUCACUUCUGUAACAUGGAUGAAGAUCCCUAGAUCUUACCAGCUUGAUGUUGGGACAAAGGAGGGCCUCUUUUACAGGUUCUUUGGCUUCCGUGAACAGGAUGUUAGCAAUCUGACUAACUUCAUACAAAGAAGCAUGGGAAUCUCACCGGAGGAGAAGCAGCUUUCCAUUAGCGGGCAUAAUUGGGGUGGAGUUGAAAUCAAUGGAAAUAGGCUUUGCUUUAAUGUUGGUGCGAAUGAAGCAUUUGAAGUCUCCCUAGCAGAUGUGUCACAGACUCAGAUGCAAGGGAAAACAGAUGUUGUUCUGGAGUUCCAUGUAGAUGAUACUACUAGGGCUAAUGAGAAAGAUUCGCUGAUGGAUGUAAGUUUUCAUGUACCGACUUCAAAUACUCAAUUCAUUGGAGAUGAGCAUCGUACUUCAGCUCAGAUGUUAUUGGAGGUGAUCUCAGAUAAAAUUGGUGGUAGCGGUCCAGAGGCGGCUGUUGUUACAUUUGAUGGAAUUGCAAUUCUUACACCAAGAGGUCGAUACAGUAUUGAGCUUCAUCAGUCAUUCUUGCGACUGCAAGGACAAGCUACGGAUUUCAAAAUCCAGUAUAGCAGUAUUCUUCGCCUCUUUGUUUUGCCAAAGUCACACAAUCCUCAUACUUUUGUGGUUAUCACACUUGAUCCACCAAUUCGCAAAGGACAAACAUUGUAUCCUCACAUUGUUAUUCAGUUUGAGACAGAGGCAGUGGUUGAAAGGGACCUGACACUAAGUGAGGAGGUUUUGGCUGAAAAGUACAAGGAUAGGCUUGAGAGCUCUUACAGGGGUCUAAUACAUGAGGUAUUCUCCAAGGUCCUUCGUGGUCUAUCUGGUGCUAAAGUGACAAGGCCAAGUACAUUCCGCAGUUGCCAAGAUGGAUAUGCAGUCAAAUCAUCACUUAAAGCUGAAGAUGGUUUGCUCUAUCCACUUGAAAAAGGCUUCUUCUUCCUGCCAAAGCCCCCUACACUCAUUCUUCACGAGGAGAUUGAGUAUGUUGAGUUUGAGCGUCAUGGUGCUGGCGGUGCUAGUAUGUCAUCUCAGUAUUUUGACCUCUUGGUCAAGCUGAAAAAUGGUCAAGAACAUCUCUUCAGAAACAUCCAAAGGAAUGAAUACCAUAACUUAUUCAACUUCAUCAGUGGUAAGCAUUUGAAAAUUCUGAAUCUUGGAGAUGGCCAAGUUAGAACUGGUGGUGUUGCAGCUGUUCUUCAGAGCACUGAUGAUGAUUCCGUUGAUCCACAUCUGGAGAGAAUUAAAAAUCAGGCUGGUGAUGGGGAAAGUGAUGAAGAGGAUGAAGAUUUUGUGGCGGACAAGGACGAUAGUGGAUCUCCUUCUGAUGAUUCUGAUGAGGGUGGCUCUGAUGCUAGUUUGAGUGGAGGAGAAAAGGAGAAACCUUCCAAAAAGGAAGCUAGCAGCUCAAAGCCGCCUGUGAAGAGGAAGCACAAGAGUGGGGCUGAUGAAGGUUCUGAGAAAAGAAAGCCAAAGAAGAAGAAAGAUCCGAAUGCUCCUAAAAGAGCGAUAGCUCCUUUCAUGUACUUCUCAAAGGCUGAGCGAGCUAAUAUAAAGAGCAGCAAUCCUGAACUGGCUACCACAGAGAUCGCAAAGAAGCUCGGGGAGAGGUGGCAAAAGAUGACAGCUGAGGAGAGACAGCCGUACGUGGAGCAGUCCCAAGUCGACAAGCAACGCUACGCGGAAGAGUCCGCCGCCUACCGCAGUGCAGCCGCUCCGGGCUCCGGCGAUGGGUCGGCGUGAAGGUUGCACGUUUUGCCAGUUGACGGAACGGAUUGUUGGAUUGUUUAGCGAUCAGUGUCAAAAGGGCGGCACAAUUUACCUUAUCUUUUCAACCUUGCAUCCGAUCUAUCUUAUCUCGUAGUACUAGAUACUCCAGCAUUUAGUGUUGGUACGUGGGAGCUGGUGCUUUCUUAUGUGCUGCUUACUUGCCUGGAAUACCAAGCCUUUUCCCAAAUAAUCAGUAAUGUUGCUUUGCUAGGGACGUUUGAUGGGUGUGUCGCACUGUUUUCAUUUUGUCGUGUUAUUAAAUAGAGGCAUAAAACACGUUAA